GAACUGCUUUGGCUUGUAUGAACGUUUAAUCUCAAGACGAUCUAGCUCAAUAAGAUCGUUCCUCCACUUCUGCCAUCUUGACGAAAGAUAAUCCGGUAGUGCAAUCUGCUUUGGUUUUGCACCUCUUGCAGAAUCCGCUUUCCCUCCAACACCACUGGACCGAGGGUCAUAAAUUGAACACACCGUUGACAGCAUAUUUCUCCUAGUCAGCGGCUUAUCUUUCAAUUCUAUCCUAAAUUUAAAGGCAUCGUUUUGUACGCACCAUACCAUUCCCAAGACUCUUUGGAUCGGGAGGCGAUCUCUAUUUAGAUUGAUCUCACUCAUAUCUCACUUGCCCGAUCGGAUAUUGGAAUGUUUAGCAUUACUUCCCUUUUAUUACUUGUAAUUUUAUGUAGUCGUAGUCCUGCCUCUGCGCACAAAUUUUUACUGGCUCGUAUAAGACUUACGGCCUCGUCACAUGUGGGCACAGAUAUAAGUCCAUCGUCAACGUAAAAGUUGUUUCUCACGAAUUCUGCAGCAUCUAAACCAAAAUUCGCCUCUCCGUCAUCUGCAACUCUGUUCAAUCCAAAGUUGGCUACUCCUGGGGAACUUGCUGCGCCAAAUAAAUGAACAGUCAUUCGGUAUUAUUUUACCUUACCGUUAAUAAAGUUAUAUUGUCUUGCCACCACAAGAACCGAAGGUAAUCACGAUCUUCCUCUUGUACGAAAAACUGAUGAAACAUUGCUUCUAUGUCGGAUGUUAUUGCCACCUUCUCCUUUCUGAACCGUAACAGUACUCCUACCAGACAGUUGCUUAAAUCUGGUCCUUGCAAUAAAUUGUUAUUUAACCCUUUAUUUGGCAAUGUUGCGAAUUUGCAACAGUUGUAAAUUCGGUCUGUAUAUUUUUAAUUACAGUGAAACUGUCCCCUCUAAAUGUUUUGAUGUAUUUACUAUGUCUAUGUGAUCAAACCAAACUGAACCUAAACAACUAGAUUAUUUCUAUGUUUCCCUAGCAACCCUCUAAAUAUGGUGGAAUUUUUGCAUGCAAAAUCGUGGGUUUUGAAAUUGACACCAUAGGGUUUUAACGUUAGUUUUUUUGCUGUUAAAGUUUAUAUUAUGAACAAAUAACACUCCUAUAUUUGUUUUGUAGUAUUAUUUUAGGGUUAGGUUGGUUAAAUUACGUAUACACGAACAGUUAAAUAAUUUGUUGCAAAUCCGCAACAUUGUCCAAUAAGGGAGAUAUUUUCAAAUGAAUUUCAGUAGUGUUUAAUGACAGAAGAAUAGAUGAUAGUUGAAUUGUUUUAAGUUGCAUCCAGCUCAAAUUUAAUCAUGUUACCAUUAAUAAGGCACAUUAAGGUAUUAGAAUGUCUAAUUUAAAUGGUGUACAGGAUAAAUACACAGUAAAUGAUGCAACUUCAGUUGAUUUUAAGUGGAGAUGUGUCAGAUGUCGAAGACAUUGGUUCUUCUAGUGAGGAUGAGACUGAUAAUACUUUGCAGGAAAGUUUUCAGGAUACAGUUAUGAAACAUCAGUGUACCAGAUAAAGUGGAGAGUGAGCAUAAGAAAAAACAUGUUUAUAGGUGGAGAAAAAGAAAUAUUCCUGUUACCGAUAGUAAUUUUCAGCUUCAAAAGGACAAUAUAGAUUCGAUCCAUUCACCGAUCACCUAUUUCAUGCAAUUUUUUCCUGAAAGCUUAAUACGAACUAUAGUAGAACAAACAAAUUUAUAUAGCACACAAAAGAUAGGUGUCAGUAUCAACACCAAUUACAGCGAAAUUUGUAUGUUCAUUGCAAUUCAAAUCAAAAUGAGCAUUUUGCAUCUGCCUUCAUAUUUAAUGUAUUGGUCCAAAGAAAUGAGAUUCCCACCAAUUGCAGAUUCCAUAUCAUUGAAGCGAUAUCAGAAACUACGCCGCUUUUUGCACUUUGUUGAUAACUCCACCUUUAAUUCUGACAAUUCCCAAACAAACUUUUUAAAAUACAACCAGUCUUGGAUGCAGUCAGGAACGAAUGCAUCAAAAUUCAACCAGAACAAAGCCACUCAGUUGAUGAACAAAUAAUUCCUGCUAAAACUAAGUACAGCAAAUUUCGACAGUAUAAUCCAAAGAAGCCAGUAAAAUGGGGGUUUAAGAAUAUGGUCAGAGCUGAUUCUUCAGGAUUUAUGUAUGAUUUUUAUAUUUAUGGAGGAAAAGAUUCUAAACAACUUGCACUAAGUGAUGAUGCAACUCAUCUACAGAAAUCAGCACAAACUGUUGUGAAGUUAUGUCAACAUCUUCCUGUGAAACAAAAUCACCAGCUAUUUUUUGACAAUUGGUUUACCACCCUGGAUCUCCUUAUAUACUUAAAAGAAAUAGGAAUAAAUGCGUGUGGCACUAUACGUGGGAAUGAAGAUCUAAAGAAGAAUGGAAGAGGUGCAGUAGACUUUAGAUCUGAUUUCAACUCCGGCAUACUAGUAACGAAAUGGUACGACAACAAUGCAGUUCACAUUGGGUCAAACUUUGUUGGCAUAGAACCGAUGAGCACCAUAGACCGAUGGAGUUCAGAAAUAAAGGAGAAGGUUCCAAUCCAAUGUCCACAAAUAAUUACAAUGUACAACAAAGGCAUGGGUGGUGUUGACCUUGCAGAUAUGCUCAUAUCUCUGUAUCGAACAGAAGUAAAAACAAGAAGAUGGUACAUUAAAAUUUUCUGGCACUGCAUAGACAUAGCAAAAGUUAAUGCUUGGUUGUUGUACAGACGACAUUGUAAUGAAAUGUCUAUUUCAAAAAAAUCACAAAGGACCCUCCUAAACUUUGUUGUUGACAUAUCCGACAAUUUGCUGUACCGAAACAGCUGUUCAACACCAACACGUGGAAGGCCUUCAAACAAACGAAAGCUAGAAAAUGAUACCCUUCCAGGAAAAAAGCCUUUCACACCGACGCCUAACGAAAUUCUUCGUUUUGACCAAAUUUCUCACUGGCCAGAACCUCGAUCUCAAAGAGGGAGAUGCAGACUAUGUAAAUCUGGUUAUUCCCAAAUAUACUGUAGUAAAUGCCAUGUGUGUCUGUGUCUCAAAUCAAGUAACAAUUGUUUUAAAGAGUUUCAUUGCAAAAAUUAAGUAUAUAUAGUAGG